GAACCCAAGCUUGACGGACUAGUCCAAGACUAGCUGUGAAAAAUGUCGUCCCCCAGUGCUGGUAAACGACGUAUGGACACUGAUGUUAUUAAACUAAUAGAAAGCAAACACGAGGUGACGAUACUUGGCGGACUCAAUGAAUUUUCUGUCAAAUUCUACGGACCCCGCGGCACGCCUUACGAGGGUGGAAUAUGGAAGGUGCGCGUACACUUACCGGAGCAUUAUCCUUUCAAAUCGCCUUCCAUUGGCUUCAUGAACAAAGUCUACCAUCCCAACAUCGAUGAGGUUUCGGGCACCGUAUGCCUUGAUGUCAUUAAUCAGGCUUGGACAGCGUUAUAUGAUCUCUCGAAUAUCUUCGAAUCUUUCCUCCCUCAAUUAUUAACAUAUCCGAAUCCCAUCGAUCCGUUGAACGGUGAUGCAGCUGCAAUGUAUCUUCACAAGCCGGAAGAGUACAAGAAAAAAGUUGCAGACUACGUAAGGAAAUACGCGACGGAGGAGGCGCUACGGGACCAGGAGAAUGGGGGCACUGGGAACGGCGUCUCUUCUGACAGCGAGUCCUCGAUGAGUGACUUCAGCGAGGACGAAGCGCAGGACAUGGAGUUGUAACCAAAUACCAGCAGCGCGAACGGGACGACAACACCACUAUUCAACGCAGCCAUAAACGACAACCGAGACAACCAACUUAGUCACACGAUUUCUUGUGAGCCUCCGAAAGAUCACAGUGCGCUUAUGCUUAAGCACGCCCUCGCUGUUUCCGUGUUAAAAGAAGGAUCGAGCGUCGAGGAAAAUGAAUAGAAAAUAUAGGGAUAAAGAAAUCUUCUUCCGCGCUAGAGAAAAGCGACAUGUACACGCAUAGACACAGAGUACAUUAACGUUAAGGAGGUGAAGGAGGAGGAGGAGGAGGAGGAGGAG